AUGGCUUCCCACGCUGCCACGCCCUCGAAUGGCGGCCUCUUCGUCGUCACAAAAUUGAGGCUGUUUCUGGCGAUUUCGCUGGCACUGACCUGGUGGACCGCCUCGCUCCUCCCAAGCUACCAGCCUAUGAUCAAAGCAUCGUUCAAGUCACGAAUCGAGGAGGCAAGGCAGAAGAUUCCCUCCAUAACGGUCGACUGGACACCAACGGCCGACCCACGAGCUGCCUACGACUCCGCCAAACUGGCCAUGAUCAUAGAGCCGCGGGUCAUGCCGCACCUGGUCCCCCAGCUGUUGCACAUGAUAGCCGUGGUCCCACCAGAUUGGCGAUUUCUGUUCAUCGGCUCGCAGGAGAGCGUCACCAUGAUGGGUCGGAGCACCUCGGUGAAGCACCAACAGAUCGUGGGCAAGCUGGACCUGAUGGUCCUACCAGACCCAUGGGACAUCUCAUCCAAGGAGAUGGUGUACAGGACGUUGACGGAUAUGCGAUUCUACAACGAGUUCUUGCCAGGCGUGGAGUGGUUACUCAAGUACGAGUACGAUAGCAUAUUAUGUGCGAAUUCGGAAGUCAGCCUGAACGAGUGGCUGGACUGGCAUUGGGCCGGCGCGCCAAGAACCGCCGACGACCGUUUUUCGGGCAAUGGGGGUCUAUCGCUCCGUCGCAUGUCCGCGAUCAGGAAGAUCCUCCAGUUCCAGUCUCGUUACAACGAUACAGCCCCCGAGGACGAGUGGUUCGGUCAGCGCCUCUACAUCACACCCGGCCUGAAGGUAGCGUCGGGACUAGAGGGUGCCCUGGCCGUGGAAAACGUCUACAUGGACAAGCCCAUGGGCUUCCACGUGCAGGAGAUGGGCGAAAACCUCCCAGCAGAAGUGUGGGGCGACCACGAGCGGAGGAAGACGAUGCUUGAUUAUUGCCCGGAGCUGUACAUGGUCAUGAACGCCAAGCUGGAUCGCGAGAGAUGUCCUGGCGACAGCAAAGACGGGGGUAAGUGUUUGUUGCUUUGUCUUCUUGUCUGGUCACUAAAAGUGCCUUUGCUAAUGCCGUGA